UCCCAACUAUAAAUUAAUAACUUAUCUCAUCCCUCAAACUGUUCAAUCAUUCAGUUGAUCUUCUCUCUUUCGUUUCGUUCAAGGGCUACCGAUCAAGAACUGAGAUCAUCGUCGUAUUAUCCUAAUCACUGUGUGUUUAUUACAAUAAUAAUAAUAUACCAAAAUGCAGGAUUUGGCGGACAAGGCCAAGAAUUUCGUGGCGGAUAAGGUGGCUAACAUGAAGAAGCCGGAGGCUUCCGUAACCGACGUCGAUCUUAAAGAUGUCGGCCGGGACAGUAUCACCUAUCUGGCGAAGCUCUCCGUCACCAAUCCCUACAGCGUAUCCAUCCCCAUCGGCGAGAUCAAAUACUCCCUCAAAAGUGCGGACAGGGUGAUCGCAUCGGGUAACAUUCCUGACCCUGGAUCCUUGAAAGGGAACGACACGACGAUGGUGGAGGUGGGGAUGAAGGUUCCACAUAAUGUGCUGGUGAGCUUGAUCAAGGACAUUGGUGCCGACUGGGACAUAGACUAUGUACUGGAAAUAGGGCUCGUCGUGGAUCUCCCGGUUGUUGGAAACAUUACGCUUCCUCUGUCUCACAAGGGCGAGAUGAAGCUCCCUACUCUCAAACACUUGUUUUAAUUAUAGUCUUAGUCUUCCUGUAAACCUGCAUAAUAACAACAAUAAUAAUACUAUGUUGUUCGCUUUCUACGUGUAUUUUCUCCACUUCUUUAUAGCAAGAUUUCGUAUGUA